AUGGUCAGGCAGCUAGCGAAAAGAUCAAGAACUGGUUGUCUUACAUGUAGAAAACGCAAAAUCAAAUGCGACGAAACACGGAUCAAAUGCAAACAAUGUAUCAAACAUCGAUUCUCCUGUGAAUGGCCAGCUGGGCCCUCCGGGGUUACUUCUAAGAGAAGGGUCUCAAUACAACAUGCCCUGACUGACCGGCAUAUAGCAUGUGCCAAUUCUCUCAUCCUAUCGCAACAAGACCGUCGGUUGCUUGAGUACUUUCCCUCAUCUACUGUUUAUGGUCUAUACGAUUUCUUCGAAUGGGGUGCCCUUCAAUACCUAGUCAGAGUAAUAGCUCCUCGAAGCAAGCUGGUUACGCGAAUGAUUCUUGCCCUUUCUGCUAGUGAAAUGCACAAACACAGCUCCAUAAAUGAAAAUUAUUUAUUGGGGAAGUGUGGAACCGAUGAUGGUUUGAUGUACUAUACACAAGCCGUUCAGGAGCUUUUGGAGGACCUCUCGGCCCCAACUCAAGGAGACGAGGUUGAUUCGAAGCUGGCUACAUUAAUCUUCAUGGUUCACUAUGAACUCCAAUUCACGGGAUCGAUCGAUCGGGUGCAAAUUCACCUACGAGGUUUCUGGGCACUGAUGAGCAAUCAUCCCAUCUUUGAAGAGCGACAUGCGAAUCAUUCGCAAUUGAAUCGCCGCCUGAUCUUAUCUUGCCAGUUAACUGGUUGGGCACUAAAUCUUGACAUUGCAGCCACAAGCUUCGGAGCGUCUUCUUCCCUUCUGAAGUCGGUCCUGAGCUCCGAUAACCCGGCAUUUAGUCCCAUGCGCCUAUAUCAAAUAUCACGACUGGGGGACCAUCAACUCUGGGGGCAACCUUUUUCAGGAGAUGAUAUGCUCGCUGAUGCUGAAUUGUACAGACCAGUCGAGUUGGGAUGGCAAGUGAUGUUGGCUCGUUUCGACAUUUGGGACUUGAGCGUAAGAGGAAAGCCUCAGAAUGUGGAAAGUGCUGAAUCGUUGUCAACAUUAACUCAUCUUUUGGAGUUGCGGGAGAGAUAUUGCGACGUUCUACACAUAGCCGACGAAGCUUCCAAAGGGCGAUGGACAUCCAAUAUUGAGAUAAUCACGCGCUUCGCAGCCUUCUACUGGGCUAAUAUACUCUUCUACUACCGCAUGCUCAAGAACGAUCCUUCUUUCUCAACCUCUCAGAACGAACUUCACAAAGAGGCUAUAUCUAAACUGAUCAGGCUUCUCCACUAUCGCCACAAGCAAGACAGUGACCACCGAAAACGGGGUCGCGUAGUCUGGUGCUACUUUAUUGCCGCCAUUCAGACGCCGGACCCCGUUCAUCGUGACUGGUUGAUAGAGAAACUAGCAGAUGUUCGUGAUAUGUCGGUAGAGUGUAAGCAACUAUGGUCGAUGGCUCAUACUAUGCUCGGGGAAGUAAGAUGA